AGUUGUUGCACAGUCGUUUCCCGGGUGGUGGAGCCAGUAGCGGGACUCUAAAUGGGUCGCAGUCGCAGUCGCUCCCCACGGAGGGAACGUAGGCGGUCCCGGUCCACAUCCCGGGAGAGAGACCGGAGGCGCCGAGAGAGGUCUCGGUCCCGCGAGAGAGAUCGGAGAAGGAGCCGCUCGCGAUCUCCACACCGAAGACGCUCCAGAUCUCCAAGACGACAUAGAUCCACAUCUCCCUCCCCUUCUCGUCUGAAAGAAAGAAGAGAUGAGGAAAAGAAAGAAACAAAAGAAACAAAGAGCAAAGAACGUCAGAUUACUGAGGAAGACUUAGAGGGCAAAACAGAAGAAGAAAUAGAAAUGAUGAAGUUAAUGGGAUUUGCUGCUUUUGACUCCACAAAAGGAAAGAAGGUAGAUGGCUCUGUAAAUGCCUAUGCCAUAAAUGUAUCUCAGAAGAGGAAGUACAGGCAGUACAUGAAUCGAAAAGGUGGAUUCAACAGACCUUUGGAUUUCAUUGCAUGAGAACUGAAAUGUUGAAGAAUGAUUUUUUUUUCCCCCUUAUCUUGGUCAGAGAAAGGAUUUUGUAUUUUGUUCUUUAGUAUGCAUCAAAACAGGAUCUUAUUCUCCUUAUAAAGUAAGAAAAUCUUAUUUAUGGUGCACAUGGUUCACUUACCUUGCUUCAAAAGAAGAAAGGUUAAAUAUCACAUUUUUUUCUUUUAGGAAAUAUUUGUGGCAUUCAUCAGCCCUAUUUUGUUUGUCCUUAUUCCUGUGGAAGCUGUAUGUGUUUUCUUCUUGGAUGCUCAUUAGGACUUUUAAAAAAACAUGAAAGUAAUUUGGAUGUAAGUUCACUAAUAAAGGAAUAUUUCUACCCUUUUAUAUUU